CUGGGGAAGCCUCUUCCCUCCUCCCCUCGCCUGGAAGAACAACCGGGAUAUUCACGCGGAGCGGCGCGAUGCCAGGGAAACUCCUCCAGGGGGACCGCGCGGAGAGGCUGCCGAGCCUGCAACCUGCCUUUAAAAGCCCCCCACACAAGAGCCGCCGCUCCGCACAGGCGAGCCGGGGCGCCCGCGAUGAGGCCAGCCGCGUGCUCCUGGGGCCUGGGGCUCCUGCUGGCCGCCGCUCAGCUCUCCCGCCAGCAGCCGCCGCAACAGAGGCCUGCUUUUACAUGUGGAGGAAUUCUGUCUGGAGAGUCAGGGUUUAUUGGGAGUGAAGGAUUCCCUGGAGUUUACCCUCCAAACAGCAAAUGUACUUGGAAAAUCACAGUGCCUGAAGGAAAGGUGGUAGUUCUGUCUUUUAGAUACAUAGACUUGGAAAGUGACAACUUGUGCAGAUAUGACUUUGUGGAUGUUUACAAUGGUCAUGCCAAUGGACAACGUCUGGGCAGGUUCUGUGGUACUUUCAAACCAGGUGCCCUUGUGGCCAAUGGCAAUAAGAUGUUGGUACAAAUGAUUUCAGAUGCGAAUACAGCUGGAAAUGGAUUCAUUGCUAUGUUUUCUGCAGCAGAACCACAUGAAAGAGGGGAUCAGUACUGUGGUGGACGACUAGACAAGCCUUCUGGGUCCUUUAAAACUCCUAAUUGGCCAGAUCGAGAUUACCCAGCAGGAGUCACUUGCUCAUGGCAUAUUGUAGCCCCAAAGAAUCAGGUCAUAGAGUUAAAGUUUGAGAAGUUUGAUGUGGAGAGAGAUAACUACUGCAGAUAUGAUUUUGUGGCAGUGUUUAAUGGUGGGGAAAUCAAUGAUGCUAAAAGAAUUGGGAAAUACUGUGGAGACAGUCCACCUGCGCCCAUUAUAUCUGAACGAAAUGAGUUGCUCAUUCAGUUCUUGUCUGAUUUAAGUUUAACUGCUGAUGGCUUUAUUGGUCACUAUAAAUUCAGAGCCAAAAAGUUACCCACAACCACAGUUCCAGCUACGACCACUCCCCCUGCAACAGCAACUUUGAAACCUACAGUUGCCCUUUGCCAGCAAAAAUGUAGAAGGAAUGGGACUCUUGAGAGCAAUUACUGUUCAAGUAACUUUGUAAUAACGGGAACUGUUAUCACAGCAGUCACGCGGGGCGGCAGCUUACAUGCAACAAUAUCAAUCAUAAAUGUAUAUAAGGAAGGAAAUUUAGCAAUCCAGCAAGCAGGCAAGAAUAUGAGUGCCAAGAUCAUUGUUGUUUGUAAGCAGUGUCCUCUCAUCAGGAGAGGUCUAAACUACAUCAUCAUGGGCCAGCUAGAAGAAGAUGGCAGAGGUAAAGUCCUGCCCAACAACUUUAUCAUGAGUUUCAAGACUAAGAACCAAAAGAUCCUGAACACCUUGAAAAACAAACGAUGUUAAAAUGUGAAUCCUGUACUUGCAUUCUGUCAUCGCUUUGUGAGGAACAAUUUUCAUACAGUUAAAAAAUCAGGAAGAUAAAAUUGACCAUAACCAAAAAAAUCUUGUCAGUCUAUUGUCCCUUACAUAUAACCAUGUAACUGGCACUGUCAAUUACAUAAAUAUAUAGAGGAGAAUAGAUCCCUAAUUUUAAACUGCAAGAUUUGCAGCAUAACCAUCUGAUCUGAAGCAUACCAAAUUCUGACUCCUUUGAAGCUGUCAAUUUAUACUUGUCUCAGAAGGAUUUUUUUAGGAAUGAGUUAUGUGCAGAUGUAAAAUAAGAAUAAGUGCAAUAUUUAUAGUAAUUCAUUUUAACUUAGCUUUUUCUUCUAAAGUUGUUUUAUUACAUGGGUUCUUGCAUUAUUAUCUAUGCUUAAAAAAUAUUUUAAAACCUCACAAUACACCAAGGAAUUAUCAAGUUCUCCAUGUAUUAAGUGGGGCAUGCUAAAAAUAGAAAAUCUCUGAUCAUUUACAUGCUUGUGAUGCUCUGGGACUGGCAUAGCAAGAAUGGCAGCACACUUUUUUAUAGCGUUUACAUUAAAGUCAAUGGGAAUUGGAUUAGGGCUUUUAAAAAUAUGAAACUACUACAGUGCAAUGCUUUUACCUAGUGAUGUUUUAUCUACAUUGUUUAUUUUAUUUUUCAGUAUUUCACAAAUAAAAGCCAAAUGAUAUUAACCUUCACUACAUAGGUAAGGGCUAGGAACCAGUCCAGGCCCACUGAACUACACCUGCAAACAGUAUGCUUUCGUCUUUCAUAGAAUGGGAGACCAAGAUUCAGAAUGACACAGCUUAGUACUGGGGAUGCAAAUGGUAAUAUAGCUGUCCCCAUAGGCUGAUGUGGAAGAAAGAAAUGCUACGAAGUAAGAGUGAUUCAUUUUCUUUUAGACAGUAUUCCCACAUCAUCAGCCUUUAUACAUAAAGGAAAGGAGAGGACUGGCAGGGAGAUGCUUGUGAUACAACGCCAGUUACUGCUAUCCGUUCUGUCCAUUGCAUCCUGUCUGAUCCUUAUUCUGAAAUAAAAACUCAAGUUAAAGUAGAUGGAAGAAUGUAGAUUUCACUGAAACAUAAUGGAGAAACUGAACAACAGGUCUGUGGAAGGCAGACAAACUGUUUUUAUUUCUGAUUCUACAACUACACCAAGCCUGAACUUU